GAACUCAAGCCUAAUCAAGCUCUGGCUUGCUACCCUCUCCAUUUCCAUCAACCACGUCUUAUCUCAUCUUCUCAUACACUGACUACCAGCAACAAAUUCCCACUUUACAGGUUCGGAUUUGUAAACAUAUGCGAUGAUAUUGGAAACUAGGGUUCCGAUUUGAAAAGGAUUUUGCUAUUAUCAAUCGAUUCAUCCUUCACAUCUCCAUCCCUCUGCUUGCUAUUUAAAGUGCUUUUUUCACCGCGAUGGAAGAGGUAAAAGACGUGACCAGUCGGUUUCCAUCACGAGAAUCAGAGCAUUUCCUUCAAUGGAGCAAAUGGCAAUUGCUCGAUUCCAUACUUCCAACAGGCGGCUUUGCUCAUUCCUUCGGUUUAGAGGCUGCAAUGCAAGCACACAUAGUCUCUCAACCUCAAGACCUUCAAUCAUACAUCAUCCAUACCUUGGAGAAUACAGGAAGCCUGCUUCUUCCUUUUGUCUACUCAGCAGCCACAUCACCCGAUCUCCAAACAUGGCAACACCUCGAUAUGAUUCUAGAUGCAACACUAACAAAUGAAGUAAGCCGUAAGGCGUCGGUUUCACAAGGAUCUGCAUUAAUGAGGGUAUCUUCUUCUGUUUUCUCAGAGAUUCCGUCUUUAAAGAUGAUGAGAAACGCGUCUUUGAGCAAUGGGGAUGUAUGCUUCCACCAUGCACCGGUUUUUGGGCUCGUUUGUGGACUAGUCGGGUUGGAUAGUGAAACUUGCCAGAGGGCGUUCAUGUAUAUAACAAUGAGAGAUAUUAUAUCAGCUGCAACCCGACUCAACCUGGUGGGACCCCUUGGUGCUGCUGUAUUGCAACACCAGGUUUCGUUUGUUGCAGAGGAACUGUUGACAAAAUGGAAGAACAGAGGAGUGGACGAGGCAUGCCAAACAUGCCCGCUGCUUGAUACCGUGCAGGGUUGCCAUAGUUACCUGUUUUCAAGACUUUUCUGCUCGUGAUUAUAGAUAAAGAAAACCUUAGAAAAGAAAUACGAAGAGAGUUUGGUUCGUCAGGAUUUUAUGUUAACAUAAUACAUUUUUUUUUUAAUUUUGGUAUUUGUUUUAUGAUGUAUGUUGAGGUUUCAAACUUGUAUGAUGGUUUUUGUAUGAAUAAAUUGCUAUUUUAGUUCCUGAUGUUUCAUCAGAAAUGUCA